UGCAGAAAGUUCUGGAGAGGAUGGAAAUCCUCUGCGUGUGAUUGGCUGAGACGGAUGACCUGAAUUGUCUUUAAGGAAGCGGCUGUCUUGUGCUGAUGUUGUAAGAGAGCGGUGGAGGUUGUCCCGGCACGCAACGCUUCAGCAGAGGCAUGACUUGUAAUUACUGCAUCACCACCACCAUUAUUUCUCCUCUAUUUCUCUUUGUCUCUCUCAACACCCCCUCCACAUCUCUUCCGUCUGCAUGCAUUAUUUCUCUCUCUCUCCUCCCCUGCUAAUACAGAGCACUAGCUGUGCAUCACUCUUUUGAGGUUCAUUCGGUUCAUCUCUGCUCAGCAUCCGUCCGCCUCCAGCAUCACUAUGAGCAGCACAACUUCAGGUGACUCUGAGAAGUUGAGAGAGAUGUCCAUGUUGUCUCUCAUCUGCUCUUGUUUGUAUUCUCAACCUCACGCAAACACAUUCAGGCAGUUUGAAGAUAUAGAGGUGAAGUCGCUAAAUAAGCAAGCUUCUGGUCAGGCGUUUGAGGUCAUCCUCAAGAGUCCAGCUGAGCCGUCUCCAGAGAGACCCCAGACCCUGGCGUUACCACCCAAGAAGAAGGAGACUUCACUGAGGGAACUGCAGAGGAGAUUACAGGCAGCCGAAGAAAGACGAAAGUGGCAGGAGAAGCAGAUCCUCCUGCAGCUGGCCGAGAAACGGGAGCGUGAGAAGGACGUGCUCCACAAGGCCCAGGAGGUCAACAACAACUACAGCAAGACAACGGAAGAGAAACUCAACCACAAGAUGGAGCAGACGGAGGAAAACCGCACAGCCCAUCUUAACGCUCUGAAACAGCGUCUGAGACAGAAGGAGAGCCAUGCUGCAGAAGUACGCAGGAAUAAGGAACUUCACAAUGAGCUGUCUGGAUAAGGACCCACAGUCUGAAACAAGACCAUUCAAUCAUGACUGCAUUUGGACAACGGC